GUCCCCGUGGCCAGCUCGGCCUUCCCGCGCCUUGCAGUGCGGAGCGCUACCGCGAUGGCCACGCGCCAGCGCCAGGGCACCACCACUGGCCAGGGCCGUCGUCGCCAACAGCGCCAACAGCCGAGGCAGAAUCAACGCGCCGAGCACCGCGCUCAACCAGUUAACGGCCACGAAAAUGAGGCCGGCGAUGGAGGGAUCCACAACGAUGUUCCCGUGGGCCUCGUGCCAGGGUCAGUGAUGGGGCCAGUCGUGGCAUCAUCCUUCUUGUACUUGCCACCGCCGUAUGCAGCCGUAUACCCUCCGGUGCUGCUUCAAUUCGAGCCGUAUGUCCCUUUUGUCGAGAAUCAGGGCCUAGUCCCAGGGCAAGAGUACGCUCGGCUCUUGGAGGCGUCGAUGCUGUGGGGCCUGCACGCGGACCAAGAUCGAGCGGAGCAACUGCAGCGUGGUACUGGUGAACCACAUGAAGGAGCCCAUAACAACGCACCGCUGCACCAGAUGGGCGCUGAGGAAGGUCACGGUGACGUACAGCAAAACCCGGUGGCCGUUCAGCCGGAAGAUCUCUGGGAGCCCGAGUACUAUGGCCCUGUGGUGACGAGCUACGGUACAGUGUCCAUAAUGCUUAGGCACUGUGUUCGAGUCGACAUCUCUGUGCAUGGCGCCGUGCGCGUUGUCAAUUUCCCAAAACACUGCACAGCGGCUAUCAACAGCGGUGGAGAGUGCAGCUGUGUCUGCCACCCGUGCGGCCGCGUGCUACAGCAGGGUGGAAAUGUGCACAUGGCAACAGGAACACGCUUGGCCCAGAUCUCGAUCCGCGGAGUGACCUUCACGGCGUUCAAUCACGGACUCGUGUAUCUGGUUGACGCUUCGGGAACAAAGUCCACAACAGAGCGCUUCCAGAUCCUUUCCUACGACGUCCCCCUGAACGUGUUUGCCUACGAGGUGCCGCAGGGAGUGGAAUGUUUUGACGAAUGCUUCCGCAUUGUAAGGGAGGCAAAGCAGAGGACCACGAGAACCGGCGACGAAAUCUGGCUCGUGAACGGUGUGAGAAUCAAGCAGACCCCGUGGGGAGAUGUUCAAGUGUCCCGAGACUCAGGAAGACGUGUCAUCUGGACGUCGCCCUCGGCUGGCACGAUAUCAGUGAACACGCCGAUCGUGAAGACCGCCAUGAGCUGCGAUCCCCGAAAGUUCUUUUUCGUGAAGGUGGGUCAGAAGAGGCUCAGUGCCAGCGCCGAUGCGUUCACAGUCCGGAACGGCAGCCAGCGAGCCGGAUUUGACAUCCGAGGCCGCCUCAUUCUUCCCUGACCAAGCAUAUGGUAGCACUCUAGAGAACGUUAUGCACAAAAAAGAACCAACAGUUUGCCUCGCCUAUGGUGUCGUUCUCUGCUUACGUGAGAAUACAUUAUCAUUCCAUAUCA